AUGAUUUACAUUGGAUUCACGCAUUUUUGGACUCCAAUAAUAUUUGGUACUCUUUCUUACUUCUCCAACUCAAUUUUCAUUUAUGUUGUUUUACUGAACACUCGGGCAAAUAUUGGGGCAUACAAAUAUAUGCUCGUUUGUUUUGGACUCUUUGAUAUUACAUAUUCAACAGUUGACAUGCUUGUAGCCAUGGGAUCUCACAGUGAGGGUAAUACAUUCUGCGUUUUUGUGACUCACGGACCUUUUUCAAAUUACCUUGAUCUUGGAUUUUUUGCUCCUUGUGUCCGAUGCAUGUUUUUUUCAUUAAGCUAUGGUGUUCUCGAACUUCAUUUUAUUUAUCGAUAUGUUGCACUUUGCUAUCCCAAACGGCUCUCACAUUUUGGGGAUCCCAAAUGGAUCUUAAUUAUGAUUUCAGCGGUAUUUGGUCAAGGACUUUUGUGGUUUUUUUCUGUAUAUUUUCUUAUGUGGCCAGAUUCUGAAACGAGAUCGUACCUUGUUAUUCCCUUUCGUAGAGACUAUAAUGCAGAUGUUCAUAAAAUUCCAUUAUUGGCUAGUACCUAUUGGGGAGCAUCAACACAACUAAUUCUGCGAACUUCAACUGCGAUCAUUAUUGUAACACUUAUUUCCUGCUUCACAAUAUGUUUCUGCAUUUGGAUCGGAUGGACGAUACAAUCAAAAUUGAAAGUAGCUGACAUGAGUAAAACUACUAAAAGAAUGCACAGAAACCUUCUGAAAGCUCUGGCCAUUCAAACUUUCAUUCCAUUUGCAAUCAGCUACAUCCCAUGUGUUGUCGCUUGGUCUGUUCCAAUUAUCCACGUGGAUACUAAAAGUUUGAACAACUAUACUUCUAUCAUAGCUGUAGCUGCAUUCCCAUUCAUCGAUCCUUUGGCUAUCAUGGUUUUCCUCCCUGAAUAUCGAAAAUUGUUCACCAAAAUAUUCCUCCCAUUUCUAUAUAAUUCAUCCACAGUUUAUCCAGAAUCCACUGUCCGAGAAAGUUCGGGAAGAGGAUAA